GCCGUAUACCCGGUGGCCGGCUUUCACAUUUUGCAGCCAGACGCCGGUUUUCGAGGCACGCACCAACACAGCGGAUACCAAAAUCAUUCUUAUUUGUUGUCAUCGUCGUUCGAUUCGCCUUCAAGUGGAUUUCCUCUUCUCAGCGGACAUUAUAUUACACCUACGGUUUGGUAAAUAAAUUCACGUUCGUUAAUUUUGAACUGCACAGGACGUUCUGCGUUAUUAAUUGGAAGAAAAUGGAAAGCCGGACAAGGAAUACGUUCGUACUGCUGACAAUUGCAUUUGCUUUCGCGUUGCAAUGUGUUUCGGCUGUAGAUGUGAGCACCACUGCAACUGUCAACCCUGCAGCACCCAACAACAACUCUGCAUCCGGACUCCCUGCGCCCGUUAACCCUGCACCCGUCAACCCUGCACCCGUCAACCCUGCACCCGUCGUUGUAUCACCGUCAGAAGACAUCGCCAAGACCGAAUCAGCUCCGUUAACGAAUAACAACGUCUCGAAACAUAUUGUGGAAAUAGAAGUAUACUACGAAGCGUUAUGCGGGGAUAGCGUUAAUUUUGUCUCAAACCAGUUACUACCUACAUUUAAUAAACUAAGCAAGUUUAUCAAUGUGGUAUUUAUUCCUUUUGCUCAAGGAAAUAUCUCCAUUAACACUGACAAGCCUUCAAAUUUAUCAUGUAGGCGUGACAAAGAGUGUGAUGCUGAUAAAGUACAUGCUUGUGGUAUUCAUAAAAUCAAAGACAGCGAACAGCUAAUCAAGUUUGUGAAUUGUUCUCUGACUGAAGGAUUCAAUAGUUCAAAUAAAACUGUACCAAUUGACGUGUGUGGAAAAAACAGUAACAUUGAUAGUUCUGUCAUUACUGACAUUAAUAAUUGCACCAAUAGUACGGAGUCUUAUAAAUGGUUGGAAGAAUAUAUGAAUAAGUCUUCUGCUGCUCAUGUGAAAACUGUACCCAAAGUUUUAAUCAACAAGAAUUCUACUGAAGACUUCGCAUCAACAGUACCUUUCAUGAAUGCGGUAUGUAAACAAAUUCCUGUUGAAUUGCAACCUGAAGAUUGCAAGACUAUUCCUAGUGGAUCAGAUACACUUGUCGUAGGAGUACUACCAAUAAUCAUUGGUGCUUUCUAUUUCAUAAAAAUGAUCUAAGUCUUAAUAUAUAUAAGGAUUACAAUAUUUUAAGUUUAUAUUUUAAAUUAACUAUUCAUCUCAUAAUCUGUUAGUUCUGUAAGUACCUUUUUUUAUUACCUAUUAUUACUCAUUUGCUUACCAUAUAUAGUGUUGCCACACCUUUAUAUAAUUAUGAUUAAAAAUGUUUGUGUGUAUCCAUUUGUCUUUAGACUUAAAUAGUAGUACAUUAUACGUGGUAGAACUAUUAGAAACACAUCAUGAUUUGUAACGGACAUUUAUUUAUAUAAAACGACUUUAAACAAAAAUAUUAUGUAUUUUUUUUUUAAUCUGAUUUUCAAAUGAAUUGCUUUUGAGUAGUAUAAUAUCUAUGUAAUAUCCGUAAUAUUUGUAAACAUUUCUAUAAGAUUCUAAAAUUAUUAUUAGUUAAAUUAUUAUUCAUUUAUUAUAUUUUUAAUCAUUAUAUGUGAAAUAUUUAUUUAUUUUUUAUUAAGUGUACACACGUCAAUGAAUACCAAUUAAAUGCCAUAUAAAUUAAAAAAAA